AUGUCCGAUCUUCCGAGGGAGAUGGAGGAGGAGGUGCUGUCGAAGCUUCCGGUGACAUCUCUGGGAGAAGUACGAUCGACCUGCAAAAAGUGGAACAGCAUAACGAAAGGUCAUAGCUUUUUGAAGAGGCACAUGGGUGAAUCAGCAGAAGGAGCAUCAAAGAAGAAGCAGAAGCAAAGGAAGGGAAUUGAAAUCAAGGUGGUGAUGUUGCUGGAAAAGAGAGUGUCUUUGAUGAGCGUCAAUCUCCUCUAUCCAUCUAUAGAGCCUAUAGGUAAUAUCAACGCAGAUGGAGUCGACAUAUCUAAAAUCAUUCACUGCGACGGUUU